CCCGCGCAGCCGCCUCCAGCCUCAGGCGUCGCGCAUCCAGCGGGAAGAACAAGACGCUCUGACCAUGGCCUCUCCAUCCUCUUUCCACUUGGAGGAGGAGGACAGUCUGAAGGGGUGUGAGCUGUAUGUUCAGAAACACAGCAUCCAGCAGGUGCUCAAAGAUUGCAUCGUGCACCUCUGCAUCUCCAAGCCUGACCGCCCCAUGAAGUUCCUCCGGGAGCACUUCGAGAAACUAGAGAAGGAAGAAAACAGGCAGAUUCUGGCCCGGCAGAAGUCAAACUCGCAGCCAGAGUCCCACGAUGAGGAGGUGUCGCCGACCCCCCCAAACCCCGUGGUGAAGGCCCGCCGCCGGCGAGGGGGUGUGAGCGCGGAGGUCUACACAGAGGAGGAUGCAGUGUCCUACGUCAGGAAGGUCAUUCCCAAGGACUACAAGACCAUGACUGCGCUGGCCAAAGCCAUCUCUAAGAACGUGCUCUUUGCUCACCUGGACGACAAUGAGAGAAGUGACAUCUUUGAUGCCAUGUUCCCUGUCACUCACAUCGCCGGGGAGACAGUCAUACAGCAAGGGAAUGAAGGAGAUAAUUUCUACGUAAUUGACCAAGGGGAAGUAGAUGUGUAUGUGAAUGGAGAGUGGGUGACCAACAUCAGCGAGGGGGGCAGCUUUGGGGAGCUGGCACUCAUCUACGGCACCCCCAGGGCUGCCACAGUGAAGGCCAAGACAGACCUCAAGCUCUGGGGCAUCGACCGCGACAGCUACCGGCGCAUCCUCAUGGGCAGCACACUGAGAAAACGCAAGAUGUAUGAAGAGUUCCUCAGCAAGGUCUCCAUCCUAGAGUCCCUGGAGAAGUGGGAGCGCCUGACUGUAGCCGAUGCCUUGGAGCCUGUGCAGUUUGAAGAUGGGGAGAAAAUCGUGGUCCAAGGGGAACCCGGGGACGGCUUCUACAUCAUCACGGAGGGCACAGCCUCUGUCCUUCAGCGCCGGUCCCCCAGUGAGGAGUACGUGGAGGUGGGGCGCCUUGGGCCCUCUGACUACUUUGGGGAGAUCGCGCUGCUGCUGAACCGGCCUCGUGCGGCCACCGUGGUGGCCCGGGGGCCCCUCAAGUGUGUCAAGCUGGACCGGCCCCGCUUUGAGCGCGUGCUGGGCCCUUGCUCUGAGAUUCUCAAGAGAAACAUCCAGCGUUACAACAGCUUCAUCUCCCUCACCGUCUGAGCCGCGCCAGGCCGCAGCGCUCCCCGUGUGCCUGCAGUCCCUGCUCCCCGUGUCUGGGGCCUGGGAGUCAUGGGGAGGUAGCAGGGUGAGGCUGGCAUCCCUGCAGGGGACCUCCCCUUCCUCUGGACUCGUUUUUUGGAAUAAAUGACCACCUUGUGCAUAUCAGAAACAAAGGGCAAGCAAACCUCCCAAGACCCAGGAGUGACAGGCCAGCUYCCCUCCCCCACCCUUCCUCCUGUCCACCCCUUGUCUUAGGGGACCCACCUGACCCUCUUCACAUCAUCUGGGCUGUGCUUGUCCGGUCCCCAGACCCAGGGGCAGACAGGCUGUGGAGACCAAGUCAGCCCUGAGUCCUGCCCCCAGAACCACAGGGUGCCACCCUGGGGCCCUGCAGACCCCGAGAGGCCAGGCUUGUCAGGCCUAGGCCCAAGUGGGGGACAGAUCGUGUAGAUGGGGUGUUCCCUGAAGACGCUGAUGAUGGGGCAGAAGUUGAGGCCCAUUCCCACAGGGGCCCAGAGGAAGCCAGGGACCCCUUCUCCUAUCUUGGGGGCCAGUCCACGGGCCUCAGACAGAUCCACAGGUCACUCUGUGCUGAGAGCAUUGGGAGGAGCCAGCUUGAGCCUGGUGGCUUGUCCUCUCACUAGCUGGUGUCCAGAAUGGGCAGACUCCACAGCUGAGUUUGGGAAUGUCCAAGAUCUGGUGAGCACUGUGCUGGGUCCUUUGCUCUUUGGAGUUGGGGAGCCAAACAGUGUGGGGCCACUUCUCUGCCAAGGGCCUCUGGGAGACGUGGAGGGAGGGUGAGCUUUCAGAGACAUCUGGGUAGAGUUCAAGGAAUCAGAGGCYCUCGGAGCUAUUCCCCACAGAUUUGCCUGUAUCCAGCCUGAGUCCCAGCCCCAUGUCCCCUGUCCAUUCCCCUGAUGAGAGGGAAUGUGUUCAGUCAACCCAGCGCGGGUCCCACACCCCUAAACCAUCCACCAGCUUGUCUCUUAAACGUGUCCCCGGUGCCGUGAUGAUACGGAGCUGAGGGAGCGCUCAGUCCGUUGAAAUGAUGUGACCCACUCGAUGUUGCCCUGCAGUGUCCUGGGGAGGUGCCCUCCCCGCUGGCCACCAGCGCCCCCUGCGCCCUGGCCAUGCCCGUCCUGCCUGUGCUGUGGGCUCUGUGGACUUGUGUGCCCUCCUGCUCACCUUGCUGA